AUGAACAAAAGUAUCAACACAAAAAAAGUAAUCGUAUAUUGUGGUCAAGCUAUUUUAUUAGAUGAAUUCGACAAAUUCAAAAACAGUAUUGGUGGUCUUCUUUCAUUUAACAAUUUUUUGUCAACUAGUGUUAAUCUAAAUGUUUCAGUACAAUUUGCCAUACGUGCAGCGGAGAAUUCAAAAGUGAAUGCCGUACUCUGUCAAAUGACCAUUGAUCCAAAGAAAUCAUCGGUUCCAUUUGCUUAUUUAAAAGAAAAUAGUUCUUACAAAUAUGAAAAUGAAAUUCUUUUCACUAUGCAUACAAUUUUGUGUAUGAUGGAUGUUCAACAUAUUCAAGACCAAUAUUGGCUUGUUAAUUUAAAUCUAACAAGUGGUAAUGAUCAAACACUCAAGAUAUUGACAGAUCGUUUUAGAAAAUGA